AUGGAGCGCAAUCACAUGCUUGCCCCAACGAGCGAUCGCGAGACCUCCUCCUCUCGCGAAGCCCUCCUCGGGCCACCGCCAGCUCGACCGCCGCCCUCUCUCAUGGGAUUUUCCCCUCCAGCUUAUUCCAAUUCCGCCCAUGCGAUAAAGCUCCCCGAUGUUCCCAACACUGAGCUACCACCACUGUCACAUCUCGAGGCCGACAACGAUAUCAAGCUGCCGUCGCUUAGUUCGCUGACUAGCGAAAUGGCCCUCGACCCUCCCAAGAACCAUUGGCCUCCGCUGAAUCCCAUUCACUCAUACCAUCCCCUGGCCCCGUUGGGGCCUCAAACUAUGGAUAGCCCGACUCGAAUGGAUCUCGAUGCGAGCAGUAACAGUGUCGUCAGCGCUCCAUCCCCUGAUCGGCUCCUUGAUGCGAGGUCAAGCAGCGUCAGUCUUGAUGACCCUGACGUGCGAUUAGCCGCCGAGGCUCUCGGCGAUUUGAGAGCGGACUUCAUAUCAUCACCCCCUCACAGAAACACAUCGCUUCCUGUGAGCCCGCCGACCUCUCACGGUUUCCAGUCGUCGAAUCGAACUCAACCACAGUCCCCGCAACCGGAACCGUUAUUAUCCCUUCUUACAACGACACAUCCCCUGUUGGCGAGCACCAUUGAAGGUGCCACCUCGGCGUACGGAGGCGCCAAGAACUUUUCUCCACGUUUCCGAUCAGGAGCUGAAUACGUCGAAGGCUACCUAACGCCUAUCGCCAACACUGUCGGCUCUGUUGGUAGAGUGACGGGUGUUGAAGGAGGUGUGCGAUGGUUUUUGGGUGCCGGUCGGAGGCAGAAUAGCUCGGCGUCAGAUCUGGAGGCCGGUAACAGCAAGAAGCGACGAAAGGUGGACAACGAGGGUGAACCAGUCAGCAACAAACGCCUUGAGGGUGAAGGCAUGAAGCAGAUUGCUGGCCUUCAGCAGCUUCCAGCCGAAACACAACAAGAGCCCUUCUCGCCCCCUACCAGGGCGAGCUCUCGUCGCAUGUCAACAACAAGUACCAUUGACACCCUCCCGGCUUAUGAUGAGCUGCGAUCUCCGGCCUACACCGAAACAGCUGAUACUCAAAGCUCAUCGCGACCAACCUCGCGGUCCAGCGGCGCUUGGCAAUCUCGGCUGAUCAUGUCGACGUCGGGGUUGAGCGUCGCCAUGAGUGAGGAGAGUCUUCGCAGCUUAAAGUACUGUCUGCAAUGGCUCCGGUGGGCGAAUGGCCACAUCGCUCGUGUAAUCAGCGCCCUGAAGACCACUCUCGAGCAGUACGAACAGGCAAACAACCCAUCUGCUGCACAGCAGAAUGGAUCAGAGAAGCAACUCUUGCAGGGUGAGGCCAACAAUGAAGCGCCUGACAACUCACAGCAACAAUCUCGAAGCGCGCUCGCCGCCCGUAUCUCUACUCUCAAGGGCGACGUCUUGAAGACUCUUCAGGAUGCGAUCCUGACUGUGUCAAAAUAUGCAGGUGGCGCUCUGCCCGAAAAUGCACGAAUUCUUGUGCGCCGUCAUCUGACCAGCCUGCCCCAACGGUUCCGUGUCGCUACCCAGUCGGACAACAGCUCCCAGAAUGGAGAACGAGCCAGCGACUCGGCCCUUACUGAGAGCGCGCAGAAGGUUCUUGUCCUGGCCAAGGAGGGUCUGGACAUGGUGACUCAAGUGAGCGGUGUUGUCGAUGGUACCAUUGUCAGCGCCGAACAGUGGCUGGAUCGCAUGGGCAAGCGAAGGCAGAAGCAGGAUGAGGAGAAGCCCGUGCUGCCCAAGACUGAGCCUGAGUAUAAUGGCGAUGUCAAGAUGGGCUGA